AUGGACUCCUCGCUGCCUAAGAUCUGGCAAGCUGCUGCUAGCACGCCGUUCCAUCCCGCCGUUGCCAAGGAUUCGCAGUUCUUCAUUGCGUUUCUUCUUCUCCUCGCGGGUAUUUCGGUUACCGGUGUCUUCGCCCUGAACCGGUCCUUUGCUAACAUCCCCGCUCUGGGUGUUCCUGCUUCUGUUGCCAUUGCACGCGUCCUCAUAUUAGGCACAAUGUCAGAAGUUAUUUCACAGGCUGGGGGGCAUCCCGAGCCACUCUUUCGCGCUGUGGCUAGCUCGACGAAGCCUCUGCACCAGCUUCUCAAAACGAUCAAUUUUACCAGCAAAGUCCAUGUACAGCUCCAGGAGGAUGGUAUUAGAUUCGCGGCCGAUCUCUCAAGGAAGCUCUUCACAUCGUAUUCUCUCAAUCUCGGCGAUGGUGUAAAUAGCUCGCAGCCAACCCUUCCGAAUUUCCAGAUCAACUUACCUUCCCUGCUCGACACUAUUCAAAUUUUUGGAGCCGUCGAUGUCGCAACUCGGACCCACAGAGCUGAGCAGGACAUGUACCACAGCAACAUUCGGAAUUACCGCCCAGAUGCGUUUAGUAACCAAGCUCUGGGCAUUGGUGGGACCUGCAGCUUAAUCUACAAGGAAGAAGGUGGCUGCUUUGACAUCGUAAUCGAGGAAGGAGGUGUCAAGACCACUGCGAGCCUCACGACCUAUCUACCUGAAAUACCAGAGGAGAUACCGUUCGACCGAGAGAACCUUUCAUUCAAGAUCAUCAUGUUGGCGCGCUACUUACUUGACGCGCUGGCUGAGCUGGCUCCCACCGGACCUAAUCGCCUUACAAUUGCAGCCUCGAAAGCCUCACCUUAUCUAACUCUUUCCGGUACCGGAGAUCUGGGCUCCUCUAGCGUGACCUUUGCGAAGGGGCGCGAGCUGCUGGAGACUUUCUCGAUUCGCGAAGACUGGACUCAAUCGUACAAAUUUGACUUAAUUAAGUACUCGACGGAAGCCAUGCGGAUUGCGAGCAAGAUAAGUUUUCGGGGCGACGAACAAGGCGUCUUGAGCUUGCAGUUCAUGGUUGAGCAGGAUAACGGAGGAGUGAGCUUUUUGGACUUUCGCUUUGUUCCUUACAUCUCGCAUGAUGAUGAUGGCGAAGAGGACGGCAGUUUAGAAGAUGUCUGA